UCCUACAUGUCCGCUUAUUCCACAAAGACUCUUUGGUUAUAAUUAUAUCAUAUGAUUCACAAGAAACAAAUUAACAUUAUCUUAGAAAGCAUUGAAUUUAUUAAAAAUGGCACAAACAGUUAAGCCACAUGAACCAAAGACAAAGUCAUUUGAUCUGUUGAGUGGACAUAGCAUUCCUGCUAUUGGAUUAGGCACAUGGAAAUCUGGUUCACAAGCUAUCAAUUCUGUCUUCACAGCCAUUACUGAGGCUGGAUAUAGACAUAUUGACACUGCUGCUCAGUAUGGAGUUCAAGAAGAGGUUGGACAUGCACUUCAAUCUGCCAUGCAAGCAGGAGUGGAAAGGAAGGAUCUAUUCAUCACCUCCAAGAUAUGGUGCACUGACUUGACCCCUGAAAGGGUAAGACCUGCCCUAAACAACACCCUUCAAGAACUCCAACUUGACUACCUUGAUCUUUACUUGGUUCACUGGCCAUUUCUAUUGAAAGAUGGGGCAAGCAGGCCUCCUAAAGCAGGAGAAGUGUCGGAGUUCGACAUGGAAGGAGUUUGGAGAGAAAUGGAGAAGCUUGUCAAGGAAAAUCUUGUUAGAGACAUUGGAAUAUGCAACUUCACUCUUACUAAACUGGAUAAGCUAGUCAAUAUUGCUCAAGUUAUGCCUUCUGUAUGCCAGAUGGAGAUGCAUCCUGGGUGGAGAAAUGAUAAGAUGCUCGAGGCUUGCAAGAAGAAUGGCAUCCAUGUCACGGCCUAUUCACCACUUGGAUCACAAGAUGGUGGGAGAGAUCUCAUCCAUGAUCAAACGGUUGAUAGGAUAGCCAAGAAGCUGAACAAGAGUCCAGGGCAAGUGUUGGUGAAGUGGGCCAUGCAGAGAGGGACAAGUGUCAUUCCCAAAUCAACCAACCCAAAUAGGAUCAAAGAGAAUGUGGUUGUCUUCAAUUGGGAACUUCCAGAUAAUGACUUCAACAAACUUAGCAAAAUACCAGAUCAGAGGAGAGUCCUCGACGGUGAAGACCUCUUUGUGAACAAGAGUGAAGGGCCAUUCAAGAGUGUAGAAGAUAUCUGGGACCAUGAAGAUUAGACAAUAACACUUGCAUCAAGUUACUGUGUUUAUCUUUUAUUUCUUCUUUCCUUUGUUUGCAAGGCACUUGGUAGCAUUAGUUUUAAUUUACUAGUAGUUUAUAAAAAUGAGUUAAGAUAGCUUUUACACAUCAAGGUGCAAGAACUCUGUAAGCACAUAUUUCAUAUCCAAAAUCUAGAGUAUCCAAAAUUUUCAAAGAUUAAUUAUUAUCACAAUGUGUGACUAUA